AUGGAGGUGGUGCUGUCAUCGCGCGCCAAGCUCAAGCCGGCAGCCAAGGGCCUCGCCACAGACGGCGUGAUCACCAUGACCCCCACGUGCUUCUCCUGGGUGCCAGCCAACCCAUCGGCAGCAGCAAGGCUCGACGUGCCUCUUGCGAGCAUCAAGUGUGAGCCUCUUCAUGAGCCCCUUGCAGGCCAGGCCACCAUGCAGUGGAGCAAGGAGACGCCCUCGGCCACCACAGCGCUGCUCAAGUUCAGCCCCCAUGCCGACCCUGCUGUGCGUGCCGUGUGCCUGCCUCUCCCCCUCACCCCCUCUUCAACCCCUCAACCCCUCACGCUCCCCACAACCCCUACCCUGCCACCCCCACACCUCCUCACCCCCUCAUCUUCCCACCCCUUAACCGCUCAUUCUCUCAUCCCCUCACUCCCUCGUGCUCUCAUCCCUUCCUUGUCAUCCGCUUAA